UGUCACAUUGUUGUUAUCAGCAAUACCAGUUGUAAAUCGGUCUGAUUAUUAGGAAUUUCAAAAUAUGAUCAGUUUUUCUCCUAAUUCUCCGAGAUUUUUACAUCAAAAUCAUUGAUCAGUUCUAGUUGCAGACAUCUGAAUAAUGAGACUGAAGCAGUUAUUGUCGGUCUCCAGUGUUGUCCAUCGAAAUGCGCUCAAGUUCCACUCUGGCAAGUCGAAUCCAACCAGACGUAACUUGGGAUUGAUUAUCACAUGUGGUUCUUUGACUGUAGUUCCAGCUAUCGGGUUUUUCUUUCUCUCUGAACAGGAUCAGAGAUUUGUUCGAGUUUCCAUUGGAGGAAUUUUUCGACUCCUAAGGUGUGUCAAUGUAGCGACAAGAACGAUUGUAGAUUAUCAAUGGUCCUUGAAGAACAUCGAUGAAGCGCAUGAAGAAUACCGAGAGCUUUUUACUGCUUUUCACCAGCGAACAGCGGAGCGUAUCCUCGAAGGCUGCUUGAAGAAUGGUGGCCUUUUUAUUAAACUUGGACAAAGUCUGGUGUGUAUGGAUCAUAUCUUACCUGCUCCUUACAUCCACACGUUGAGGGCUUUGCAAGAUAGAUGUCUAGCACGCAAGAAAGGUGAAAUCGAGCAACUUCUGAAGGAAGAUUUUGACAAAUCAACGAGUGAAGUGUUUGAAAAGUUUGAUGAAGAACCAAUAGCUGCUGCCAGCCUUGCUCAGGUUUACCGCGCACAAACCAAAGAAGGGAAGGAAGUUGCGGUAAAAGUGCAAUAUAUUGACUUACAAGAUCGUUUUAUUGGUGACAUGGCGAGUCUUCAACUACUCAUUAAGGUUGUAGGUUGGCUGUACCCAGCUUUUGACUUCCAGUUUGUCAUGAAUGAGCUGCAUGGGGCCCUAGAAAGUGAACUUGAUUUUCUUAAUGAAGGACGAAAUGCAGAAAGAUGCGCCAAAGAACUUGCACACCUGCCAUUUGUUUAUGUACCAGAAGUAUUAUGGAAUCUCAGUAGCACUCGCGUGUUGACUAUGGAAUUUGUCGACGGCAUCAAAAUAAGCGACAAGGAAUCACUUUUGAAAGAGAGCUUUUCGCUGGCGGACAUCGACUGGAAAUUAUUCCAAGCAUUUGCGGAACAGAUUUUUCAAACAGGAUUCGUUCACGCUGAUCCUCAUGCUGGAAAUGUUCUAGUCAGAAAAGGUCGCGAUCACAAAGCCCAGUUGGUACUCCUGGAUCAUGGACUGUAUGUUAAUGUACCUGAAGAAACGAGAAAGUCAUUGUGCAAUUUGUGGAAAUCUAUUGUUCUCAGUGACCAUAAUGGUAUGAAAACGUACUCUGCGCAGUUAGGAAUUGAAGAAAACAACUAUCGUCUUUUUUGUAUAGCCCUCGGCCAGCGAUACAUCGAACCCGCGGAAAAAUGUGAGAACAAAUUUGACGAUAUUUAUGCCUUAUUUUUCUCCCGCGAAGGCGUGAAGGAACUGAAACAAACGAUGAAAACUAUGAAUUCCGAAGAAAAGACGAAAUUGUACAAAGCAAUCGAGGCCAUCCACGAAGAUUCCUUUGAAAUUUUCCGAGCAAUGCCAAGCAAACUGAUGCUAGUAACUAGGAACAUCAAUACAGUCCGUUCGAUCGCCAAAGGUCAUGGGAAUCCUGUCGACAGGUAUAAAGUCAUGGCCCGCUGCGCCACACGAGGCGCUUUCAUUUCGCAAAACUCUAGUCUCCUGUCCAAAUUUUUUGCGUUCAAGGCAAAAGCACAUUUCGAAUUUCGGCUCUGGUGGGGCGGCAUGAAAGUGUGGGUUGGCCAGAUCAUUCUGCGGUCACUCGGUUUCUUCAAUCUUGUUCCUCUUCCUUCUUCGUCGGAUUCUUCGAUUGGUUUUGAAAGUCAUCAUUUUUGAAGAUCCUUUUUUAAAUUAUUUAUUUAUUUUCCUUUUUUUACUUUAAGUACAACGUUAAGGAGAAAACUACAUUUUCUACUUAAAUUUAAACAUUUCAUUUCCUUUAAAGAAAAGAGGGACAUCUUUUUGUGAGCAUGGAAAAAUACGAACUUUUAUUUCUCAUUUAAUGAGUUUAUAUUGAACGUAUUGGAUACACUCAUUAUGAUCCAUGUGAAAUUUGAUGAGAAAUUGUGUGUUUUAAAGGAUAAAUUCUGAACCUCUCCGGUGGUUCAGUGAAAUACAAACUAUUUCAGAAGUUCAAAAUCUAUGAACUUUCGGUAUUGUUUUUAUAAAUUUUCGUCUUGUUCAGUUACCUGUGUUUUUGGAAGAUUACCCGUUCAAAAUGGACCACAUUUUGCAAUAAGGAACUAUACUAUUGUGUAAAGGAAAAACACCAUAUGAGCCUCCAGACGUUGCAAAAUUUAUCUCAAUAAAGUACAAAAUUCUGGAAAACUUACGAUUUAUUUUCUUUAAAUAUUUCAGAGAACAUAGUCCUUGGUUCAAUCUCAAGUAUCUACAAAUUUGAAGGCAGAAUAUUCAUAACUUUCUUCAAAAAUAAGUAUCUUAUCGGAGGCAAUUUGGCAAUGUGGAAAAGUUCAUUUUAUUGUUUUUACCUCUCUUUAGGAACAAUGUUAGUAAGUGCCAUCAGUUUUUCUAUACACAUAGGUGUUUUUACAGAUGAGCCAGAAAUACUAGUAUCUGAUCGCAGAAUGUAGUCCAGAUCGUGUUUUGUUAUUGUUAUUAUUAGUGGAGAAACAUUUUGAAAAAAUAUAUGAAUGUUUAUUUUGGAUUAA